GCCAACAUAAGAACAAAAAUUGGCCUUUCCAUUGAUUGCUUUUUAUUCUAUGUGAAUUACGAUUUACGAAUUUGAAGUACCUACUUACAGUAUUUAUAACCACACGAUAAAACAAUUACCGCAACGAUUUUGAAUGAAAAUCUUUAUUAUUUAAUUCAAAACGAAUUAUUAUUGUAAGAUGACGAGUUGACAGCUCCUUUCAUAUCCGCAAUUGCUGGUACAGGUUGAUUCCAAAAUGGUGGUCGUUUGUUGUGCUUGUGAUUUUUAGAAUAACUGUGCAUUUAUGUAUAUAUUGUGGUCCAUGUAUGCACAUUUCUAAUAAGAUUGAAAAUGGACGAAAAGGAAGAAGUUGCAGAAAAUUCAACAGAGGUGGAAAACAAUAGUUCUAAAAAACCUGAGGAAGAAAAAACGAAGGAUGAAAAUGUGGAAAAUGUUGUGGAAAAAACCGAGCCGAAGGAAGAGGCCCUGAAAAGUGUUGAUGAAACUGGUGAUACAAAAAUAAGUAGUGAUGAGCAAAGUGAUUUAACUAAUCAUACAGAUCAAGCAAGUAUUGAAGAAAACAAUCACAAUGAAAAACAAGGUGAUGAAGGACCAGUUUCACCAUCAGGUGUUGAAGUACCAGUUUCACCAUCAGGUGUUGAGGAACCAGCUUCACCAUCAGGUGUUGAAGGACCAGCAUCACCACAGACAGAAGGACAGCUAUCAGGUGAUAGGAAUACAGCUAGUGAUGAAAGCGAAAAGGUUGAUGAAGUGCUAAAUGAUGAAAAAGAUACAAGCAUUGAAGAUAGUGUAACAAGAAGUAAGGAAAGUGACGAUUGUAAAGAGGAAACAUUAAAAGAAGAAUCAACACCAGAAUUAGGUUUAAGUACACAAGAGAGUAAUAGUCAAGAUACUGUGGAUACAUUAAAAGAAACACCUACAGAAUCCAGUCAGGAAGAGGCUAGUGAAACUAAAAAUGAAACAGAGUAUGUAGAUAAUAAUGGAGAUGCGGAUAAAGUACAAAAGCCAGAGUUUGAAACAGCACCCAAUGUGUCAGUGGAGGAAUCUCAAGAAGAUCACACACAAGCUUUAGACCCAUUUGAUGCUUUAUUAAAAGAUACUACAGAUGUACAAGUAGAAACAAGUACACAGGCAGAUGCUUCAAUGAAUAUAGAUGAUGAUGAUGAUGAUCAUAAUGUAGAUAGUGUAGACCACCAUGGAGACAGUGUGGACAAUGUGGAUGGAGAUGAUGAUCAACAUCCAGAUGAAAGUGUAUCUGAGUUGACGGAGGAGCCAGGGGCGGAUGAGGAAGUGUGCCUUCUUCCAGACACAGAGAGGGAAUUAUCAGAGGAAGAUAAGGCUGAAGCAGAAAAAGUUUUAGCCGAAAAACGAAAACAGGCAGAGGAAGCAGCCUCAAUAGCAGCAAAGCCUAAAGUGGAAACAGAAACACAAGACUCGCAGACAGAUACAACUGAAGAUCUUGCUAAUGCUAACAGUGAAGCAGAUGGUAAUGAUGCUUCUGUUCAUGAAGAAGGCAAUGAAGAUGGUAAUGAAAAUGACAAUGAAAAUGGUGGAGACAAAGAGAAUGAUCAAGAGGAGCAUGCGGAAGCAUCAGAAGGGCAUGGACCAAUACCAAUUAGAGAGACUGUCCCGAUAAAAACGAAAUGUGAAUUCUGUAAAGCGACACAAACAUGUAGUUUCUUCUGUUGUACAGAAACUGAUGAACGCAAAUACUUCUGUGGUGAUUUCUGUAUUACGUCGUUCCAAGCUGAACACCCCGAUCAGUAUAUAUUAAUCAAAAACAAAUAUGUGAUUGAUGAAAUAUAUCCCAAGGAAUGUCUAUGCUCCGAAUGUGAAGAAACAAAAACAUGUUAUUUCUUUUACAACUAUGAAGGCGAAGAUACUUAUUACUGUUCCCUUAGGUGCUUGCACAGCAUGAUGGCUGAUGAAGUGGAAAAGUAUACGUUCAAACGACGCAGAAUAACAGUGGACGAUCAAACGCCGCAGAUGAGUGAAUGUUUCUGUUGUAAAGAAACUAAGAAAUGCAUGUAUCAUGCGAAAAGGUAUGGAGAAGAUUUGUACAUAUGUGAUCAGCCAUGUCUAAAAUCACUCAAUUUGCAAGAGAAUGGAAGGUAUUUAGUCACAAAAAAGCGCGCCACGCGACAUAUACGAAAUACUCCUAUUUCUGUUAAAACACCACUUUUAAGGUUACAAGUUAUCAGUAAUGCAACUGAUAAGUAUUUGGACGAAGCUUAUAAAAUCCAAGCAAAAACACCAGCCAUGGUAGCAGCGGCGAGGGAGGAACGGGAACGAUCAUUUUUACGAAUAUGUAGUCAGUGUUCGUUGAUCAUUAACAAGGACGAUAAAAUGUUAACAUGGGAGACUUUGGACUUUUGUAAUGAAGCGUGUUUGGGGCGGUAUCAAAACAAAAUCGGAUCAAAAUGUGCAAAUUGUAAGAAUGCAGUGUUACAUACGAGUUUAGGAAAGUAUUGUGUGCGUUUCGGUUACGUUAUACGGCAGUUUUGUAACUCUGGGUGUUUAGAAGAGUUCAAGAAGGGUUUGAAGAUAUGUUGUUAUUGUCAGAAGGACAUUUCGGGGGGUCAUGAGGGUUUUCUCGCUCCUGUGGGUGAUAAAGGGCAGUUUAAAGAUUUCUGUACGCAGAGUUGCAUGGAGAAAUUUGACCAGAUGAGCAAGAAUCCGGUGCCGCAGCCGGUCUGGGCAAAGUGCGCGGUAUGCUCUUUGGAAAAGUCUACGUCCAUAGAGGUGGAAGUCAGUGAAGAUGUGUGUCAGAGGCUAUGUUCUGAUCCAUGUUUUGCCGCAUUCAAAUUUGUUAACAAUAUAUUUCCAGAUCAAUGCCGCUGGUGUAAAAAGUACUUUGAAAGAAAAUCCAAUGCAUGUUUCACAAUAUAUGAUGGCUCCACGCCGUUUCCCUUCUGUUCUAAAUCCUGUAUGAACAUAUAUAUAAGCAAUUCAAGGCAUAUAGUGCCUUGUAAUUGGUGUAAAGUGAAGAAGUAUAAUUUUGAUAUGAUACAAAGACUGCAGCCGAAUGGACAAACAGUUAUGAUGUGCUCAUUGAACUGUUUUAAUUUAUAUCAAGUUUCUAUUAAUGCUGUAUCGUCGAGAAGGACAAAAUGUGAUAUGUGUAAACGGACGGCAUUAGCACAAUACCACUUGACAAUGUCAGAUGCUACUGUUAGGAACUUUUGUACAUACCAGUGUGUUAUGAGUUUUCAGGGCCAAUACUCAAAGCAUGCGCUACCAGUGCUGGGUGAACAAGCGGCCGAUACUGCUAAGGCGGUACCCACGGGGGUGCCGCGGAGAACGUACGCUAAUAAAAAUGCUGCAAAGAAUCAAAACCGCGCGAGCACAGGCAUGCCAGUCAUAUCCAAUGUGCAAUCGUUGGCCACGCCCCCACUGGUGCCCAUAACGACGAGGGGCAAAUCCAAACGGCUAGCGCAAGUAGAGCCCGAACCUGAACCGCCACAAGCACCCAAAACUCCCCCUCCCCCACCCAAACCCCCGACUCCACCACCUCCCCCACCCCCCAAAAUAUACAACCAUGUGAUAGUUAAAACUUUACCACCACACGAGGUAGCAAAUAAAUCAACUAUGGCAAAACCAAUGAUGGUAUCAAAAGGAGUGUCUUGCCGUCCUCACCCUUGUACUAAAGAGUGUCAGACUGACCCAAGCUUAGAAAGAAAGGUCCUUAUACCGGUCCCUGUUCCCAUAUAUGUACCAGUACCUUGUGCUAUGUGGUCGUUACCAUUCCCCAUACCCGUUCCCAUACCUUUGCCUAUCCCGACUCCCGUAUUUAUCCCCACAACUAGGAAUUCAGCGAAAGGCAUAAUGAAGGAGAUUAACAAGAUACACGAUAAAAUGCCAACGGAUCCGUUUGAAGCGGAACUGCUGAUGAUGGCGGAAAUGGUGGCCGGUGAUAAAAAGAAGGAUCAGAGCGAUUCAGAUACUGAGGAUGAGAAUGAGGAGUUCAGUCCAGUCGCCGGCAUGGACGGUAACAACGCGUUCGGUGAAGAUAUGUUACAAAUGGCGUUGAAAAUGGCCACGGAAUACGAAGACCAACCAGUCGACUUGGAGUCCGCUAUGACGGCCAACACUAUCACACCCAGCUCUCAUCCAGGCAUGCCGGGUCUCGAAGGCGAGGGCAUGCACCACCACCACAUGAUGGUGCUGGAGCAGCAGCGCGCGGUGGCGGCGCUGCGCGCGGGGCAGGCGGCGGGCGGGGCGGGAGGCGCGGGCGCGGCGGCGGGGCGCAAGCGCGCGCCCCCCGCGCCGCCCGCCCCGCCGCGCCCGCGCACCAGCAAGCGGCGCCGCGACCCCGCGCCGCCGCCGCAGCCCGAGCCGCCGCGCGAGCCCGCCGAGAAGCCCGACGCCAAUAUGUGCCUCAAGUACACGUUUGGCGUGAACGCAUGGAAGCAGUGGGUGAUGACGAAAAACGCGGAAAUCGAAAAGAGUUCGAUACGACGGAAGCCCUUCAAGUCCGAAAUCUUACAGCUCACAGCGGAUGAACUCAAUUACUCGCUUUGCCUCUUCGUUAAAGAGGUGCGGAAGCCGAACGGCAGUGAAUACGCACCGGACACUAUUUAUUAUUUGGUUCUAGGUAUACAACAAUAUUUGUUCGAAAACGGUAGGAUAGACAAUAUAUUUACGGAUCCAUAUUAUGAAAAAUUCACGGACUGUUUGGACGAGGUGGCGAGGAAGUUUUCCGUGUUAUAUAACGAUUCCCAAUACAUAGUAACGCGGGUGGAAGAAGAACACCUAUGGGAGAGUAAGCAGCUCGGCGCGCACUCGCCCCACGUUCUUCUGUCUACCCUCAUGUUCUUCAACACAAAACAUUUUAAUUUAGUUACAGUAGAAGAACACAUGCAGCUAUCGUUCUCGCACAUAAUGAAGCAUUGGAAGCGGAACCCGAACCAGCCGGGGCAGGCCAAAAUACCCGGUGCUAGGAACGUUCUGUUAAGGUUUUAUCCGCCACAAUCCGCUUUAGAAGCGAAUUCGAGAAAAAAGAAAGUUUAUGAACAGCAAGAAAACGAGGAAAAUCCACUGAGGUGUCCUGUAAAGUUAUAUGAAUUUUAUAUUUCUAAAUGUCCGGAGUCGGUGCGCACGCGCAACGACGUGUUCUACCUGCAGCCCGAGAGAUCGUGCGUGCCCGACUCGCCGGUCUGGUACUCGACGCAGCCUCUCAGCCGACACGCGUUAGCCAAGAUGCUGCACCGCGUCAAGAUGGUCAAGGAGAUUAAUAUUGCGCUGCUCACUAGCUAAGAUUACACAUACGAGUGUUUUGACGGGGAACAUUCGUGAUAGCCUGAAAUUGAUGGAUUAUGUUCUGGAUUAGUUUCAAUAGUUGCAAACGAUGUGAUGGUGACUCGUUUUGUAUAGUGCGGUCUGUGUAUUGUUGUGAAAAUUACAAUGUAUAUUUUUUUACUUUGUAUAUCAGCCUGCUGAACGGACAGCUAAUGUUAAUUUUAAAUUAAUACAUAGUUUAUAUCGGAUCAUUUUAUAAUGUUGCAAUGAUUGAAAUUUACGAAUUUUGUGUGGGAAUGUUCUAUGUACAGAUGCGACCGGCAUUCGAUGUAUAUGAUGGAUGAUUUGGAUAUUUUUAAAUUCGGGAUUAUGAUUAUAGUGCGGUUUCGAAAAGUAUUUUCAGUUGUAAAUACAUACGCCAAGCGAUCGUCGUUAAAUUACAAAUAUAAAUGUAUAGGUGCGUUUUUUCGUUCUUACUGAAUCGAUAAUUUUUCUUCGCGAAACCACUUAUUACAUGUAUGUAAUAUAAAAUACAAAUUUGUAUGGUAUGUAGAAGUAAGUGAUAUAUGAUUCCAUUUUUUUUUAUUUUUAGAAAAUGAAGCACUCUUAUAAUAUUACAUUCAUUCUAUAAAUUAAAAAUAUUAUGUGACAGAUAGAAAUUUUUAUUUUAUUACUAUGUUAGGGAAAGAGUCAAGAUUUCAUAUUAUAUUAUUUUAAGAAUAACUGCAUCAACUGUAAGGUUUAGGUAAGUUACUGCUGUGUAAAAAGAAUACUGAUUCUCAUAA